AUGUUAUUCAGACAAGUAGCCAGACCUUUGAAUGUGAACAGCGCUCGUUUGUUCUCGUUAAGCAGUGGUGCUAGACAAAAGAUGCCCGAAUUAUAUGAUCAUGUACAGAGACCAAAGGAAUUAGUAUCGGGGGCUCCAGAAGAAAUGGCAACCAAGAGAGUUGUCAGAAUUUACAGAGAGGCCAAGCCAGCCACACAAUCUAGUAACCAUAACGGAAGCCACUGGAAAUUGAACUGGGAUGUGUUGGGCAAGGGAAACAGAUGGGAAAACGACUUAAUUGGUUACCAAUCGUCCGCUGACUACAUGCAAGGUACUAACAUGCAUUUUGACACCAAGGAGGCGGCCAUCAGGUUUGCCCAGGGUCAAGGAUGGGAUCACUAUGUCCAGGAACCAAAGAAGAAGCACUUCAGAAAGAAGGAUUAUUCCACCAACUUCCUCCACUCUUCUGGGCCUUUGAAGCACAUUAGAACUAAAUAA